UCCUAUCCACAGAGGCCCUUUUCGUCGCAUGUUUUGUGCGUGAGCUGCUUUUCUUUGCAUCCAGCUGCAGAUUUAAGAACACAAAACAUGCCUGAACUCAGCGCACAGGAUUCAAAGCGGGAGUCCAAACUGGAGGACAAAGUGACUGUGGAAGACGCCAGUGACACCGACUCUGGCAGCGAUGACACGGCGCCAGACCUUGAUGAUGACAUUGGAAAGGCAACUGGGCAGAGCCAGAUUGCACAGGCAGCGGGCAUAACAGAGGAGCUGGUCAGCAAGGCCAAGCAGAGCAGAAGUGAGAAGAAGGCACGCAAGCUGAUGUCCAAGCUGGGACUGAAGCAGGUCCAGGGAGUCUGCCGGGUGACCAUCCGAAAGUCCAAAAACAUCCUCUUUGUCAUCACAAAGCCAGACGUGUACAAAAGCCCUGCGUCGGACACCUACAUUGUCUUUGGAGAGGCCAAGAUUGAGGACCUCAGUCAACAAGCGCAGAUGGCGGCGGCUGAGAAGUUCAAGGCACCUGAUGCUGGUGCUGCAAUGGGCGAGCCGGCACAGGCUGCGGUGUCUCAACCUAUCGAAGAAGAGUCUGAGGAAGAGGAAGAGGUGGACGAGGCAGGAGUGGAGGGCAAGGAUAUUGAACUUGUCAUGUCGCAAGCCAACGUCUCUCGUGUCAAAGCGGUCAGGGCGCUCAAGAACAAUAACAACGACAUUGUCAAUGCAAUUAUGGAACUGACCAUGUAGCAGUGUGCUCAAGGCUCCCAAAAUCAUGUGGCCAUGUUCCGAAAAGAUUUUUUUUUCUCCUUGCCUCCCUCGCCUUGUAAAAAAGAAAUGUGUGUGAGUGUGGAAGACAAUUCAUCUUUACGCUGCCAGUAGGUUGAUUGGCAGGGUGUUCUUCCCAUUCACAGUGUUGUGAACAGUUACAAUAAAUUGUAAAGCCCA